UUGGAUUAUGUGACACUAGCUGAUGUACUGUAGAAUCAGUUAAGACUUCCGUUUAUAAAACUUAAGUCUCUUCCGGUCGUACAGCACACCGAGCAAGAUGGGUAAACCUCGUGGUCUCCGUACAGCACGUAAACACGUCAAUCACAGACGUGAUCAACGCUGGAAUGACAAAGACUACAAGAAAGCUCAUUUGGGAACCAGAUGGAAAGCUAAUCCUUUUGGUGGUGCUUCCCAUGCAAAGGGCAUCGUUUUGGAAAAAGUUGGAGUAGAAGCUAAACAGCCAAAUUCUGCUAUUCGCAAAUGUGUCAGGGUACAACUUAUCAAGAAUGGUAAAAAGAUCACAGCAUUUGUGCCUAGAGACGGUUGUUUGAACAACAUUGAAGAGAACGAUGAGGUUUUGGUAGCAGGAUUUGGACGUAAAGGUCACGCCGUUGGUGAUAUUCCAGGGGUCAGAUUUAAAGUUGUCAAAGUGGCUAACGUUUCUUUACUUGCACUUUACAAAGAAAAGAAGGAACGACCUAGAUCGUAAAAUCAUUGUCAUGUAUUUGUAAUUACAUCUAUAAAGACCUUCAGAAAAAUA